AUGCUGGGUCCAAAGAUUCAAUAUUUCAUUUUAUUGUCUUUAGAAAUUCGAAUUGCUAUUUCAUUGAAAGCGCCGUCAUCAUCAUUGCAUUACGAGAAACGUGACAUUGGACUAUUUCACGAUAAAGUGACGUACGAGACGGCUUCAGAAAACUGUGAAUCUUGGAGAGGAAGACUUGUUGUCAUUAACAACUCUAGUCUCCAAUCAGCCAUCGAAAAUCACCUAAAAUCUUCAAACGCGUAUUUUCCGUCCGACUGGAAAUCAGCCGAUCCGUUUGAACCUGGAUUCUAUGUCGGAGCGGACGAUAGGAAAAACGAGGGGGACUGGAUAUGGCAGAAUUCGAACCCGGUACCAAAGCCUGGAAGCGAAAAGUUUCAAAACUGGGGGCCUUUGGAACCGAAUAACCACGGAGGCGAGGAUUGCAUGGUACUACUUAUGCUUGAUGCAUUUCCACAGUUCGGAUACAAGACAGGAACAUGGAUGGAUGCUGACUGCAAUCAGCGGAAAUUUUAUAUAUGUGAAAAAGAUAUUCUUGUACCGUCAAUGACAAGUUCAGGACGUUUCAUGGACAGUCUGCAGCAGGAUUCAAACACAAAAUGCACUGAACAGCUGAUAUCUGAGACCGUUGAUGUUCCUUUACAUUUCUAUCCAAUGUGUGAUAAUCGAAGAGGUCUCAACUACAUUGCCAGAUGGGAGACCUCAACAUUGGACUACAAAUGGAUGAUUACUAAUAAGGGAGAACACAUCGAAAUAAAAACCAUUCCGAGGCGAUCUCUGAUAUCACACGUAGAAGAUGAGAAAUUAUUCGUUGAUAAAAUUUACAUAAAGUGGAAAUCCGGGAAAAGAUUGGGAUCUCGACAUUCAUUUGCUGGACAAAGAAAGGCAGCUGAGAUCGGUGUAAUUCAUGAAAAGCAUGCAACACUCGGGAGAAUUGGCUUUACAUUUUUAAUCAAGACUCGACACAACCCUCCCAAUGUGGAAUGGAAAGACUUAAUUGAAGCAGUGACAACAAACAGGACGUUGGGAACAAGGACUAUGAUAAGCAAUCCGCCUUCAUUAGAAAACUUCCUAAGUGACACUCACAACAGACGAGGGAGACAUAUACGUCAUAUACUAAACCAACCAAUGAGAUACGAGCAAGAGAAUGGGUGUGGCAAAGUCACGUGGUUUAUAUUCACGCGCAUAAUUCAUAUAUCUACAUCACAGCUAACCCUUCUAAAGUCGAUGGGACACGCAUAUCAAUCAACUAAAAGCCUUAAAAGAUACAGAGCAAGGAAUAUUUGCAUAACAAGAAAUUAAUGCGCGGAAAACAAUGGAUUUCUACCCUUGAACAUUUC